GGGCCCGGCUUUCGCCCGCUGCUGCCGCCGCCGCCGCGGGCCGCGGCUGCUCUCCCAAGAUGGCGGCUCCUCCGGGCGAGUAUUUCAGCGUUGGGAGCCAGGUGUCGUGCCGGACGUGCCAGGAGCAGCGGCUGCAGGGCGAGGUGGUAGCCUUCGACUACCAGUCCAAAAUGCUGGCUCUAAAAUGUCCCUCUUCCAGUGGAAAGCCCAACCACGCAGACAUCUUGCUUAUAAACUUACAAUAUGUUUCAGAAGUGGAAAUAAUUAAUGAUCGAACAGAAACCCCUCCUCCCCUAGCUUCGCUCAAUGUUAGUAAGCUUGCCAGCAAAGCACGGACGGAGAAGGAGGAGAAGCUGAGCCAGGCCUAUGCAAUCAGUGCUGGCGUCUCCCUGGAGGGCCAGCAGCUCUUCCAGACCAUUCACAAGACCAUUAAAGACUGUAAAUGGCAAGAAAAAAACAUCGUAGUCAUGGAAGAAGUUGUUAUUACACCCCCAUAUCAAGUGGAAAAUUGUAAAGGCAAAGAGGGGAGUGCACUGAGCCAUGUACGAAAAAUAGUUGAAAAACAUUUUAGAGAUGUGGAAAGCCAAAAGAUACUGCAGCGUUCACAAGCCCAACAACCACAGAAGGAGGCUGCCCUGUCAUCCUGAGUCCACAGACAUGGAGGACUCUUCCAGCAUCUAGCCACAGAGAUGGUGGUGGUGGCUUCAGCGGAGGCAGGCCGGGGGAGGGAAGGGAUCCUAUAUUUCCUGCUGACUCUUACUAAAGAGUCAGUGUUUCAGAAAACCUAGACUUGAACAAACACCCAACAAAAAAAGAACAAGAGAAUAAUUUAAAAGUUGAAUCAUUACUUGACUAACAGACUUCGGCCCACCAUGUCCUUUUCACAGCCCCUUCUGGAACAGUCAUCUUGUUAGUUUUAUUUUUGCAAAUUCCUUUCCACUCUGUCCUUCACCUGUGACUUUCCUUUCCUAGUCUGUUUCUGCCAUUCUGUUUUUAUAAGUGGAUAUACUUGCCUUCUGAAUGAUUGAAAGAAACUUUUACAUCUUUUCUUCCAAAAUAAAAGUAACAAGCUGACUGUGAUUCUGAAGUUGAGACCGGAGCAGAAGACAGAGGUCUCACUUGAAAUUUUUCAUUUUUUUCUUGACUUUUUUUUUCCUUUUUUUUUUUGCACAGGGCAUGGCUUGAAUUAGUUUUAUUUUUCUUAACUUUAAAUAUAUAUAUGGAAAUAUAUAUUAAAAUGUUCUCUAAGUAUUUUCUGCUCCUUGCAGGUCUCUUUUUACUAGAUCAUGGCCACUCUUCCCACCUCAUCCCUCUGAAAACAAAAAUGUGUCCUUUCUACCACUCAGAGCCUGCCGAUUAACUUGACUUAGUUCACAGCGAGGACUUCCUGCAGCCCUGCAGAGCCAGUGUACAGAUGGGAUUGGCCUUGAGGGUCCUGAUGGCUUUCUGGUCUUUAACUGUAUGUACCGGUCUCACAUUUGGUCCCAACCUCAGGACUCCCUCUGCCUUUGUCUUCAUGGUACUAGACGAACUCUCAGCAAUCUCCACUUGGGAGUCAGCGCCCCUCCCCUGUGCCUCUGCAGGAACAACUGGCUUGCAUGGCACAUCUCAGCUCUUCUCCUCCGGGCUGAUUUUCUCUUCUAUGAAACCUGGACUCGAUCUACCCUGACCUUUCUUAAGUCUAUGUCCAGAGCCUCUAGCCCAAGAAAAGCUUGAAUAAUCUCUAGUUUCUCUUCUACCAUCCUCCUGCUCUUCGGCCCCCUCCUACCCCCUGAAAUCUUACAAGCUAAUGACAGUUUGUAUGUGCUUAGCCAAUGAGCAGAAAACCUUGAAAGAAUUUCUGGACUUUAGCCCACUAGUUUGCCUGGUUUGACUAACCUGCUGAGAGCCAAAACUGGUACUUGAUGCCCCUGCACCUCCAGGGUAGUCUCAUGGGGCAGAGUGCUACCACCUGAAUAUCAGGCACUGAGUGGGACAUGGGUGAUGCUCAUGUGACUGGCUAGAGCUUUGGGGGUAGGGUGGGGCUAAUUUUUUUUUGGCCAUGAUCUCUUUUCCCUUUUUUUUUAAUUAAAUAAAUGGAUCAAAAUUAAAUAAUUCAAGCCCUGCCUUCAAAAUGGAAAAAAAAAACCGUGUUUUUUUUUUUUUUAGUAUUGUUUAGCAAAAACAAUAAAACCCAAAUUUUUUUAACCAUCACUCAUGUUUGUGCGUACUUUAGUGCCCCCAAAUGAAGGGUCUGAAAUGUAGAAGAGUAUGCCUGCUGAGUUCAGCCUCUCUUUAGAUGGCUGCUUUUCUCUUUAUCCACUCUUACCACUGAGAGCUCCUGCAGAAGUACAGUGCAAGUACAGUGUGCUAUAGGAGGGGUCCAGACUGGGGAGGUGGCUUAACAGGUAAGGGCGCUUGGUGCACAAGCCUGGUGAGCCAGGUUGGAUUCCCGGAACCCACAGAAAAAGGGAAGGAGACCGACUCCAUAAAGUCGUCUUCUGGCCUCCAUAUGCAUUCUGUGGUGGGCACACCCAUGAGCACACACGUUUUAAAAGGGGAGGAACCCAGAGAGAGAGAGAGAGAGAGAGUGUGUGUGUGUGUGUGUGUAAUAUUCAUAGAGCAGUCAUUCAUUAUAAGUGGCUUGAUAGAGCAGCUGAAAAGAAAACCCAUUCAUCACUUGCUGAUCUCCAAAUUCAAAGAACAACCUUUGAUUUAAUUCACACAGAAUUGUAGACCUUAGAGAAGAGACCUUGUCGCUGUUGAGUUCAAGUCCUUAACUCUUUUCUCUUGUUCCUAUUUUUUUUUUAAGUUGUAGUUUUUCCUAACGAUUUCACUCUUUCGUUCUGUCUGUCCUGGAACUCUGUAGAUCGGACUGGCCUCAGACUCCCUGAGAUCCGUCUGCUUCUGCCUCGAGUGUUGGGAUUAAAGGUGUGCCU